AUGUCGGCCAUCAACAGGUUCAAUGACAGCAUUGUGAAGACCCACCACUCCUUUAUCCUAACCGGCAUUCCAGGGAUGGAGGAGCACAACUCUUGGAUGGCCUUUCCGCUGGGGCUGCUCUACGUCCUGACUCUCCUGGGAAACAUCACAAUCCUCUUUGUCAUCAAGACUGAGCAAAGCCUCCAUGAGCCCAUGUACAUCUUCCUCUCCAUCCUGGCCUGCUCAGAUCUGGGGCUUGCUAUGACCACCAUGCCAACCAUGUUGAGUGUUUAUUGGUUUGACUCCAAGCAAAUUUCAUUCAACACCUGUAUUACCCAGAUGUUCUUCAUCCAUUCUUUUCAAUGGAUAGAGUCCGGCAUCCUUGUGGCCAUGGCCUUUGACCGCUUCAUCGCCAUAUGUUAUCCCCUGCGAUACACCACACUUCUUCCAAACUCCGCUAUUGGAAAAAUAGGAAUAGCUGUUUUGUUCAGAGGCUGUGCUAUCUGCUUCCCAGCUCCCUUCCUUAUUAAACGGCUGCCCUUCUGCAGAUCCAACGUGCUCUCUCAUUCCUAUUGUCUCCACCAGGAUGCAAUGAAGUUGGCCUGUGCAGACACCAAAGUCAACAUGCUGUAUGGUUUGAUUGUGGUCAUUUGCACAUUGGGGUUGGAUAUUGUGAUCAUUCUUGUGUCGUAUGUCCUGAUCCUGAAGAUGGUUCUAAGCAUCGCCUCCCACAAAGAGCGCCUCAAGGCUCUGAACACCUGUGUCUCCCACAUCUGCGCCAUCUUGAUUUUCUAUGUUCCAAUGAUUGGUGUCACUAUGGUGCACCGAUUUGGAAGACACCUCUCUCCCAUCUGUCAUAUGAUGCUGGCCAACAUCUACAUUGUGGUCCCACCAGUUCUUAAUCCCAUUGUGUAUAGUGUGAAAACCCAGCAGAUUCGACGAAGGAUACUGCUGCUGGGAUCGUCUGUCUCCUCCUGCUGCAGGCAGCCCAAGCGGACACAGUGGCCGGCACCUAGUGUGCCUGUCUCACGGAGGAACCCCCCCCCCAAGGCCCUGCACUCAUCACAUGCUGCAUUGUAG